AUGGCCCACAAGGGUGGCUUUGAAGCCCUCAAUAGAACAUUAAAAGAUAUAAGAGGAUAUAAUAAUUUGAUGGGUGGAGUCACUGUGCUGCUAGCAGGAGAUUUUCGGCAAACAUUACCCGUUAUACCUAGGGGUACAAGGGCUGAUGAAGUAAAGUCAUGUCUAAAAGCUUCGUAUUUGUGGCCACAUAUCCAGAAAAUUGCACUUCAUAAAAAUAUGAGGGUUCAUGUGAAAGGUGACACAUCUGCUGGGAUUUUCGCUGAAAUGUUACUUAAAAUAGGAGACGGAAAUUUCCCUUCAUUGGAAUGUGAGAUCACUAUUCCCUCAAAUUUGUGUACAGUUGUUAGCUCUUUAUCAGAACUAACUUCCAGAAUUUAUCCAGAUAUAAUAAAUAUCAAGAUGAAACCCAUCGAAUGGUUGUGCGAGCGAGCCAUCUUAACUCCAAAGAACGACAAGGCAGCCGAAAUCAAUGAAAUUCUACUAAAGGCAUUUAAUGAAAAAGCUGUUGAAUAUAAAUCUUUUGAUUCUGUGAUCCAAUCAGAUGAUGCUGUCCAUUACCCUUUAGAAUUUCUUAAUACUCUGAAUCCUUCUGGUCUUCCAUCACAUAAACUUAUCCUUAAAAUUGGAGCACCUAUAAUGUUACUAAGAAAUCUUAACCCACCUAAAUUGUGUAAUGGAACUAGAUUGCAAGUUAAAUCUCUGCACAAAAAUGUAAUAGAAGCUAUAGUUAUCACUGGGUGUGCUAGAGGAGAUAUAGUUUUAAUCCCGAGAAUAACGUUAAUUCCAACUGAUUAUCCCUUUGAGUUUAAAAGAAUACAAUUCCCAAUCAAAGUUUGCUUGGCUAUGACUAUUAAUAAGUCUCAAGGACAAUCAUUGAGCAUGGCAGGGAUUGACUUAAGAGAAGAAUGUUUUUCACAUGGACAGUUCUAUGUCGCAUGUUCUAGAGUUAGCUCUGCCAGUAGUUUGGUUAUUUUAGCACCAAAAGGCAGUACCAAAAAUACUGUUUAUAAAGAGGUAUUGAGAUGA